AUGUUUUCUGUUCGAAAGAAACUUCAAGAUAAGCACCCCCAGACCUUCCAGUUGCCAUGCGCUUCUAUCCUCUCACUCGCACGGACUGUUAGUGGUGUAUUCCAUAGAUAUCCAAACUAUCCGACGUUGCCAGAAGAGACUCCAGAGAAUAGUUUACCUCUCCAGAUUGGUUCGAAAGUUCUGGAAAAAGCUUAUAAUAAUUUUCUUGAGCAUAACACUUCAAAGGGAUAUAAAUUUCACUGGGAUAACGGAAACGUAUACAUUGUCGGUAUGGCAAAGUCUGAGCACGAAAUGAUUGUUAUACGAUUAAUUAAGUACUUUGAAGUGCCAAACGGUGGAGUUGACGAUGACCCACCAAUUGCUCUUACGCUACAAGCAUUUCAUCGUGAUCCUUCUCAUAUUAAAAUAAAGAUAGCAGCAGAUAUUGCAAUCUGUCCGAACAUUGCACUUGUUCAAGUUCCUUUAAAUCCUGGACUUCCUCCUGGAGAUACAGACAACUACUCACAUGCCCGAAUCAUUGUUGAAGUAGCCGUACUUGAAAGUACCGCAUAUUGGAACAAAAAAUGCGAAACUUGGUUGCUCGAACAAUACGUGCGAUGCGUAUUCGGCAUAAAAAUCCACGAACAAAGGAGAGGGUCACGACAUCGGUCUAUGACGGCAAAGUUAUGGACCCGCCAAAUUCCACCACCAGCAGGAAGCACAUCAUCAGCAAAUCCAAAUUUAGCUGGUGUAUACAUUGUUGAAUGGGACUUCGGAACAGCACAAUUUCAUGGUAGAGGACCUACUGGUUGCACUGCCCCAGGCAUUGCUGACUACACUGUUACCAUUCCGGUAUCCGAUGUAUUCUGGGAUCCACCCGUUAAUGCGGGAGUUUUAAAUUUAGCCGGAUACACUGUGGCAGUCCCUGGUGGAGUAAUUGCUAAUAACUUUGUUAUUGAUUUGUAUAGGCUACAACAAAUUGUUUUAAAAAAACAG